UAUGUUUGACUUCCGGGGUUUGCGUGUCGGCGAAGUAAACAUUCAACAUGUCUAAAGUGACUUUUAAAAUAACACUUACCUCAGACUCAAAGCUACCUUACAAAGUCUUAUCUGUACCAGAGGGUGCACCAUUCACUGCAGUACUGAAAUUUGCAGCAGAAGAGUUUAAAGUACCCGUGGCUACUAGUGCUAUUAUAACAAAUGAUGGAAUUGGCAUAAACCCAGCUCAGAGUGCAGGAAAUGUUUUUCUCAAACACGGAUCAGAGUUGAGGUUGAUACCCAGAGAUCGUGUAGGAUCCUCACAAUGACAUCACUCUCAAAGUUAUACAUAAUUUAACGUAAUUUAUUCCCACCCCAUUUAGGUUAUUUUAAAAAUUUGAAGCUGUAAUUACUUUUCAUGGAUUAAUUCUGUUUCUUGAAAGAUACUCUUGAAGGAUUAGGUUACAUAAUGUAA